AGUAGCCAAUGAGAAGAGGCCCUGGAGCAGCUGGCUUGGUUUUGAAUCUUGUGGCUGACUGUGGAGCGCCGGGACACCGGCCUUGAAGUGAAGUUGUGGCGCUCACUCCUUCCGGGCCCGAGAUUUUCUGACUCCUUCCCAGUAGUAUGUGAACUUCAGACAUGUUUCAUCUUCCCAAUAUCCAUUUUUAUUGAAAUUCAUAUUGCCAAAGAGAAAUAUAAAGCAUUACUAUAAUAAGAAAUCAAGUUGAUCAACAGCAAUGUCUGUCACUGAAGAAGACUUAUGUCACCAAAUGAAAGUAGUAGUUCGUGUACGCCCUGAAAACACAAAAGAAAGAGCAGUUGGAUGCCGUAAAGUGGUACAGGUUGUGGAUAAACAUAUUCUAGUUUUUGAUCCCAAGCAAGAAGAAGUCAGUUUUUUCCAUAGAAAGAAAGUUACAAAUUUUGAUGUUACAAAAAGGCAAAGUAAAGAUCUUAAAUUUGUAUUUGAUACUGUUUUUGAUGAAACUUCAACUCAGAUGGAAGUUUUUGAACAUACUACCAAGCCAAUUCUUCGUAGUUUUUUGAAUGGAUACAACUGCACAGUACUUGCAUAUGGUGCGACUGGAGCUGGGAAGACCCACACAAUGCUAGGGUCACCUGCUGAGCCUGGAGUAAUGUAUUUAACAAUGUUAAACCUUUACAAAUCCAUGGAUGAGAUUAAAGAAGAGAAAGUAUGUAGUACUGCAGUUUCUUAUCUGGAGGUCUAUAAUGAACAGAUACGUGAUCUUUUAGUAAAUUCAGGACCACUUGCUGUCCGAGAAGAUUCCCAGAAAGGAGUAGUUGUUCAGGGUUUGACCUUACACCAGCCUAAAUCUUCAGAGGAAAUUUUACAGUUAUUGGAUAGUGGCAACAAAAACAGGACCCAGCAUCCCACUGAUACAAAUGCUACAUCUUCUCGUUCUCAUGCUGUUUUCCAGAUUUAUUUGCGACAACAAGACAAAACAGCAAGCAUCAAUCAAAAUAUUCGUGUGGCUAAGAUGUCACUAAUUGACCUGGCAGGGUCUGAGCGUGCCAGUGCUACCAGUGCUAAAGGAACUCGAUUUGUGGAAGGCACAAAUAUUAAUAGGUCACUUUUAGCUCUUGGGAAUGUCAUCAAUGCCUUAGCAGAUACAAAGAGAAAGAAUCAGCAUAUUCCUUACAGAAAUAGUAAACUUACUCGCUUGUUAAAGGAUUCUCUUGGAGGAAACUGUCAAACUAUAAUGAUAGCUGCUGUUAGUCCUUCUUCUUUAUUCUAUGAUGACACAUAUAACACUCUUAAGUAUGCUAACCGAGCAAAGGAUAUUAAGUCUACUUUGAAGAGCAAUGUUCUUAAUCUCACCAGUCAUAUAUCUCAAUAUGUAAAGAUCUGUAAUGAGCAGAAAGCAGAGAUUUUAAUGUUAAAAGAAAAACUAAAAUCUUAUGAAGAACAGAAAGCCUUUGCUGAUAAAAAUGAUAAUUCAAAGUUAAUGAUUCCAAACCUGCAGGAAAAAGAAAUUGAAAGAUUUCAAGAAGUUCUGAACUCCUUGUUCCGGAAUCGAGAAGAAAUUCGACAAGAAUACCUAAAAUUGGAAAUGUUGCUCAAAGAAAAUGAACUGAAGUCAUUCUAUCAACAUCAGUGCCAUAAGCAGAUAGAAAUGAUGUGUUCUGAGGACAAAGUAGAAAAGGCCACUUGCAAACGAGAUCAUAGACUUGCAAUGUUGAAAACACGUCACAGCUACCUGGAGAAAAAGAGGGAUGAAGUACUGAAGCAAUUUGAUAAAAAUACUAAUUGGCUCCAGCAAGUGGAAAAUGAAAUGGUACUCCUAGGUCAAAAUGGUCAUAUUCCAAAGGAACUCAAUAAAGAGCUUCAUUGUCACCAUUUACAACUUCAGAACAAAGAUCUGAAAGCACAAAUUAGACACAUGAUGGAUCUAGCUUACCUUCAAGAACAGCAACAUAAGCAGACCGAAACAGUGUUGAAUGCUUUACUUCCAGCCCUAAGAAAACAGUAUUGCACAUUGCAAGAAGCUGGCCUUUCAAAUAAUUCCUUUGAAUCUGACUUCAAAGAAAUUGAACAUUUAGUAGAGAGGAAAAAAGUUGUGGUUUGGGCUGACCAAAGUACUGAACAUCCAAACCAAAAUGAUAUACCAGGGAUUUCAGUUCUGAUGACCUUUCCACAACUUGGAACAGCUACUCCUUGCUCAUCUUCAAGUGAAUCUAAUCUGCUUAAAAUUUCUCCACAAAAAAGAACACGAAGAAAACUAAUACCUUCUCCCUUAAAAACAAAACAUACUCAAAGAUCUACUUUGUUUGAAAGUAUGCAGCUCAAUGAUUCUCUCAGCAAAGAACUUCAACCUAUUUUGUAUACUCCAGAAGAUUAUAGAAAAUCAUUCCAAAAUCCAUCUCCAGGAGCCUCAAAAAGAACAGUAUCACAUACUACAAGUUUUCAGACUAUCAGCUCAAAUGCAAACAGUGACAGUUCUCCAAAAAUGUUGUAUGAAGGCGAGGUACCUCUUAACAGAAGAACAAAACAUAUUCAGGAGAAUUUGGAAUCUACAUUUAUUAUAUGUGAAGACACCAGGAGUUUGAAAAGUAAAUUACCUGAAGAAGAAUCAGUAUCAAACAGAAGUACUUUACAAAGACAUGGCCCUUCCUCAGUAUCAUCUAAGCCUUCUCUUCCUAUAUCAAGCACAGUGCCUUCCUACAUGGCAAUGACUGCUGCUGCCAAGAGGAAACGGAAAUUAACAAGUUCUUCAUCAGAUAUGCCAUUAAUUACUGAAGAAAAUCGUGGACUCGCCAAACGCAUUCGACCAGAUAAUUCAAGUGAUAAGCUCUUACAGGAAAACAGAUCAACAGUGGGGUAUAAAAAAUCCUAUAAAAUAAAUUCAAGCGUGGUUAGAAAAUUUGGAAGAAAUAUUUCAAAAGAAAAUCUAAGAUAACUUGCUUCGAAAUCAAGAAAAAAGUGAAAUGGUCAGUUGUGCUCGUAAAACUGUCUCUGUCUGUGAAAGAGGAGUAUCUAAAACUGUUCAGUCAAGUAUCUUCAGCAAGCAAGAAAUGAAACUUUUUGAGUUUUUUUAUAUUUUAAAUAAAGAAUUUGGAUAAAAUUGUUUUAAAUUUCUAAAGUAUUUGCCACCCUUUAAAAUUCCUAAGCUAUCAUUUGCUAGUUUCACUAUGUUACAGCUAGGUGAUUAAAACAUUUUAGAAAAUGAUAGUAAAGUUAUCUGUUGUUUUUUAAAGUCAGCAGAAUUUAGAAGUGAUAAAAAUAUAGCCAUGAUGUAUUUGAUGCCCUAUUAUGUUUUCAUACACUAUUUUACUCUUACAUCUGACUUUUUUCUUUCACAAAAUAUUUAAAUGUAAAAAUGUAGAUAGAUGUGCCCACAAAGUUUUUGUAAAUAUUGUUUUAGUACCGUCAUAAAUAAAAUACUAAUUUUGGUCCUUACUCA